AUGUGCGAGAGCUACCAACGCCUCCGAGACGCAGGGUAUGGCAGCGGCAGUCUGGAAGAGAUGGAGUCUAAGGAAGACAACGCAGACGAUGAGGAGAACAGCAAGGUGGCAGAUGAGGUCAAACUGGCGCCAUGGCGAACCACAAGGAACUUUCUCGAUGCCAUGGCUA